CCGCCCUCUGUUCAUAAAGGACCCCGAGAGAGAGAGGGGACGGGGGGAAGCGAAACGAAGGGGACAUGCCUGGCUCACGGGCUCAGAGAGGAAGCAGCGCGAGCUACAAGAGCUCCAGCUUAAACGGAAACGAGGAGCGCAAGGUCGGCGAUGUGGAGGAGGGUCUGCUCACGGUCCCCCUUCUGGCCGGGGUUCAGAAAGACAACGAAGGCGACAGAGAUGGCGACAGCGAGGACGGACCAACGUUCACGAAGCCCGAGGCGCCAUCGCCGUUCCUCGAUCUCUUCUUCUUUGCUGACAAGUUGGACUACCUGCUGAUGUUCGUGGGGACGUUGUGCGCAGCCGGCGCGGGAGUGGUGAUGCCGAUCUUCUCCAUCAUUUUUGGAGACAUCCUGGACGCUUUCCACAGCCCCAACCCCACCGCUGAGGUCAACCGGAACGCGCUGAACUUUUUCGCCCUAGCCGUUGUUGCCUUUGUGCUCAACACCGGCCUCAACACGUUUUUCUCCGUGGCGNUUCGUGAACUCGGCAACCAGGUACGGCGCAUGCGGAUGCAGUACCUUCUAUCGUCCCUGCGGCAGGAGAUUGGAUGGUUCGACACAACCAAGCCGGGGGAGCUAACCACACGGAUCAAGGGGGACACGCUGGUCGUCAGCCAGGGCAUGGGAAUCAAGCUGGCGCGUCUCAUCCAGUUCAUGUCGAUGUUCGUGUCCGGCUUCACCAUAGGCUUCGUGAAGGGGUGGGAGCUCUCUCUGGUGAUGCUGUCCGUCGUCCCCCCGUUGGCGAUAGCCGGCGGGUUCCUUUUCGGAGACCUGGCGCGCCUGGCGUCGCAGUUCCAGAAGAGUAACGCCGCGGCCGGGGGAGUGGCCGAGGAGGUGAUCUCGUCUAUCCGGACCGUGGUGGCGUUCACGGGCGAGGAUAAGGAGAGCAAGCGCUACGAGAAGAAGGUGGAGGAGGCCAUGGAGACCUCCAUCAAGUCGGGCAUUGGGUGA